AUGCCGGCGCCAGCGAGCGGCGGCGGCGGGGACCACCUCCGCGGCCAUGCGCACCUGACCAACUGCAUCCACCUGCGCCACCACCACGGCCCGCACGGCGCGUCCGGGCGGAGGCGCAGCCCGACGGGGUCCUCGGCGUCGGCGUCGGCCGCGCUGAUGCGGGACCUCCUGGCCCUGCAGCGUUCGCGCUCGCUGCGGGACCCCUCCACCCGCCGCUCCGUCGACUCGGCCCCCUCCAACAACAACAACAGGGUCGCCGCCGACCCGGACGCCGACGACCCCGACCACCCCCGCGGCGGCGGCGCGCUCAAGACGCUCCUCGACCAGCUCACGGAGAACCCGCAGCCCAAGCCGGGCUGCCGGCCCCGGCGCCGGUUCAAGCGAGGGGCCGCCCGCCGCGCCGCCGCCGCGCAGCCCGCGGCCGCCUUAGAUCGCCGCGCCACCGCGCCCCGCGUCUCCGUCAACUCCAGCUCCCAGGAGGCCGUCUGCGGCAAUAGGUACCUCUUCGGCGCCGGCGGAGCAGCCGACGGCGACGAGCUGAUGCAGCAGCAUCAGCAGGUGUCGCAGGAGUCGCCCAACGUGUGCGGCAUCCCGUGGAACUGGUCGCGCAUCCACCACCGCGGCAAGUCCAUCCUCGACAUGGCCGGCCGGAGCCUCUCGUGCGGCCUGUCGGACCCCAAGUCGACGUCGGCGGCGCGGAGGUCCGAAGCAGCCACCUCCGCCGCCUCGUGUGGUCACGCCAACAGGUCGCGUUCGCACCCGCAUUUCCCGGUCACCGCGAGGCUCACUUCCUCGAGCAGUUCAGACUCCGACUCUCGGCCUCUGCUUGUCGACGGCAUACGCAACGCCGUCGACAUUUCUAGUAGCUUCUCUGGGGAGCUCGGGAUUUUCUCCAAGAGUAGCGAGCUGGACUCUGACCUCGCGUCCGAGGCACGGUCGGGGCAGAAGUCACGGGGCUCGCACCGUGUCAGACACCGGAGCUUGACACAGAAGUAUGCUCCAAGGACUUUCAAAGACGUCGUCGGGCAGAGCUUGGUCGUGCAGGCGCUGUCCAAUGCCAUUCUGAGGAAGAAGAUUGGGCUGGUGUAUGUCUUCUAUGGGCCACAUGGCACAGGCAAGACCUCGUGUGCCAGGGUAUUUGCAAAGGCUUUGAAUUGCCAUUCAGCUGAGCACCCGAGGCCCUGUGAUUCAUGUGCCUCUUGUAUUGCACACAAUCUGGGCAAGAGUAGGAGCUUGUUGGAGAUUGGUCCAGUUGGUAAUAUAGACCUUGAUAGCAUUGUGGAUAUCCUUGACAAUGUGAUGCUCUCGCCGGUGCCAUCCCAGCACAGGGUGUUUAUAAUUGAUGACUGCAACACAUUGCCGCCUGAUACAUGGAGUGUCAUAUCCAAGGUCGUCGAACGUGCACCUAGGCGUGUGGUUUUUGUUCUCAUCAGCCCCAAUCUUGAUCUCCCUCAUAUAAUCGUGUCGAGGUGCCAAAAGUUCUUUUUCCCCAAACUAAAGGAGUGUGACAUUAUCAACACUUUGCAAUGGAUUUCUACUAGUGAAGGCCUGGAUGUUGAUAGAGAUGCAUUGAAACUUAUUGCUUCCCGGUCAGAUGGGUCACUGAGGGAUGCCGAGAUGACUCUCGAUCAACUCAGCUUGCUUGGGCAGAGAAUUUCGAUGUCACUUGUUCAAGAACUUGUUGGCUUGGUUUCUGAUGAUAAAUUGGUUGAUUUGCUUGAUUUAGCACUAUCUGCUGACACAGUGAACACAGUGAAAACCUUGCGAGAUAUCACAGAAACAGGUGUUGAGCCACUGGCCCUGAUGUCUCAACUUGCUACAAUAAUCACUGACAUCCUUGCUGGCACCUAUAUAUUCACACGAGAAAGAGUUCGGAGAAAAUUCUUCAAACGUCCAACCUUAUCAAAGGAUGAUAUGGAAAAGCUACGCCAAGCCUUGAAAACACUCUCUGAAGCUGAAAAACAGUUGAGGGUCUCUAAUGACAAGAUGACAUGGCUUACAGCUGCUCUUCUUCAGCUUGCACCUGAUAAACAAUAUGUAUUGCCGAGUUCAUCCCCGAGUACAAGUCUUAAUCAGGGUCUGUUUACCCACCCCGAGGGAGACAUAGCAAGGAACUCUGCUAUGGAUCAUAGUGAUAUAUAUGCUGGUGCCCAUGGCUUGGCAAGAGCAUCUGACCUUGGAAAUCAGCAGUACAAAGAUGCUAAUCUAGUGGCUGGUUCCAGCAACAACAUGGCAAACAAUUACCAUGCUGGAAGGAGACCUGGGGAACAUACUCCAGACAGCCAUGUAUUGCCAACAGGUGCUACCAGAGUAAAUGAAGGAUCUAGGUAUGGCAAAACUGACAGUGAAAUGAUUUGGCAGGCUGUGCUAGAGAAUGUUCAGUCAGAUUCAUUAAGAAGAUUGUUAGCUAGAGAGGGUCGACUGAUAUCCGUCAGCCUAGGCACAGCUCCAACUGUACAAUUAAUAUUCAGCUCUCGAGUAAAUAAGUCUAAAGCCGAGAAGUAUAGGGGCCAAAUUCUGCAGGCAUUUGAAUCUGUUCUUUCUUCUACCAUAAUACUUGAAAUCCGAUAUGAAUCAAAGGAUGAUCUGGCAGCAGGCCAUGCUCCAGUUAUUACUCCCUACCCUGAGGAUGGUUCCUCAAAUAUGGUAUUAAGGAGGUCUUUUACUAAACAUAGUUCAGUUUCUUCGGGAGGCGAGAACUUAACUAGAAGGCUUCAGAAAGAUAGUGUGGUCCAGGUUGGUAGCUCAAAUCAGACACGCUGGAUGCAAUCUGAUCCACAUAUAUUGACCGAAGGUGAAAUUAUUGAAAUUGGAUCUCAAAUGGAUUGGCGUGCUGAACCAGAUAGUGGCAUUGUUAUGGCAAACAGAAGACAAGAGACUGUCUCGGGAGAAGGUUUGUCAUCACAGAAUCAAGAAAUUUCUCAAGGAGGAAAAAUGGUGAAUAAUGGAGAUGGUCGACAAAAGAACAUUGUGAGAGGCAAGGUAUCUCUUGCUCAUGUUAUUAACCAGGCAGAUGCUUGUUCCCAACAAGGUGGCUGGUCUAGACACAAAGCUAUAUCAAUUGCAGAAAAGCUGGAGCAAGAUAAUUUGAGAUUGGAGCCUAGAUCCAGUUUGCUUUGUUGGAAAGCUUCAAGCACUUCUAGACGGAAGAGUAUUAUUGUAUUCAUUGUUCAUGUAUAUUCUUUCUCUAUUGUCGAUCUUCUGAUACAUAUGAAAAACCUGAGCCAAAUAGUCAAGAUUAUUUUUUCGUUAGACUGCAGUAACUCUGUCUGCACUGAAGAUCAGGACACGAAGAUCGCGAGCUUUAUCAAGGCUCGCCUUGUGCGGAAGGUGUAUUUCAGUGAGAUCUCCAAGAUGAAACAUUAG